GUGACGUCAUGGUUUUGGGCUAUUAAACGCUGCAUCGUCCCUGUUCGCCAUUUUGGAUUGGAGUUGGGGGAGUCGACCUUUGAACUAAUUGUCAGAAAUCUGCCUCCAUCCGUCCCUGCAAAAUUCACAAGAACAAACUCAUCUUACUAAAAUACAGAACCCAUAAGGACGGGCCGAGGGAGCGGACCGUUCCCUGGGUGCAGUGCAGCAAAGUGCUCAAUGACUUCUCCUCGUCAGCAUGUCCACGGUUUCGGGGCUACCUUCAAAGGGGGAGAAAGGAAAGCCAAAGUAUCUGGCAUUGGACAUAAAUAAUAUCUACAAGGGAAAAAGCUUAGAGAACCCUAAAACCUCGGCGGCCCCCAAACAUGGCUUGCAGUCAUUGGGGAAAGUUGGUGCGGGGAGGCGUAUGCCACCUCCUGUCAACCUUCCAAGUCUAAAAAGCGAGAACAGUGGAAACAAUCCUAAUAUCAGCUUAGUUCCAAGUGGAGGUCAAGGAUGGGGGAGUGCAGGAAAAGAGAAAGGAAAGUCGCCCGAAGAAAACAGCAGUGGCCCACAGCAGCAGUCGCAACACUCACAAUCACCUACUUCGCAUUCACAAGGACCGCCUGCAUCAAAGCAACCACAGCAGCCGCAGCCGCAGCUGCAGCUGCAGCCGCCGCAACAGCAGCAGCAGCAGCAGCCGCCGCCGCCACCGCAGCAGCAACAGGCACCAGUGGCCACAAGCACCUGUGCUACGGGGGGUCUGGGAAGCGGGGCAACUGUUGGGGUAGGCGUUGGCAGCAGCGCUGGCGUCAAGACCUGGAGCAGCGUGACAUCCAGCCAAGAGGGUGGUGGUCCAGAACGCAACUUCUUGGGCCAUCAGUCGCCAUUUUUUCCUCAGGAAUUCCCCAAGCUAGCUGGUGGCGAUGUGCCCAUCGACGGGACCCAGAGGUCGGCGACAGACUCUCAGUAUGGGCCUGGCCCCAGCCUGAGACCGCAGAUGGAAGGGACCUGGAGCCGGGGCACACUGCAGCAGCAGCAGCCGCCGCAGCAGCCGCAGCAGCAGGCUCCGGGGGGCGGCAGUGGAGGGGGUGGUGGCGGGCAGGGCUCUGGCCCACCCGGCGGCCUGCCUCCGAGCAGUGGCAGUGGCGUGAACGGACAAGCAUCGUUUGCACCUCCGCCAAGGGGAGCCCUCCCCUCAGGUGUGCCGCCCGGUGGUGGACCUCCUUCACCAGCACAGCCCUCCUAUAGGCAGCAGGCGGUGCCACCUUUUGUACAGGUUUAUGGACGUGGAUUUCCUGGAAACUAUGCCCCAAGCUACUCUGGUGUGCCUGGAGGUGCUCGCCCACCCUAUGCUUACUCAGAUAGUAGGGGUCGAGGCAUGAGAAGUGCUCCUGAUGAGGACGGCUACCAGCGGCCUGCAAUCAUCAGUGAAAAAGACCUUAAAGGAUUCGAUGAAAUUCUUCAAAAUGACUCCCAAGAUGGCUGGGCAGCUGCGAAGGGAGACAUUGACUACAAUGCUAAGCUGGUGUUCAGUGAUGAAGAUGAUGCUGGGGGCAGCAGUAGGGGUGGAGCUUCCAAAGGGUCUGACGUUAUGCCAGUGUCUGAAAGUGGCAAGCCUGUGGCCAUGAAGGGUUCUGACAAAGGCGAGUGUAGGCCUCCGGGACCAGCUGGACCGAAGCUUCCCCCAAGCCGCAGUCGGGAGCCUGGCUGGGAUGCGUCGUCUGGGCAACAGCCAGGCCAGCAGCGGGCUGGCCGAGAGCCACCUCCUACACAGGCCUCUGCUUACAUGGACAGGGAGGAACGUGGGCGGAAGGCGUGGGGUGCCCCAGGGAGUGCCGAGCUGCAGCCUCAGCCUUCACCGCUGUUGCAGCAGUCCCAGCAGGCCCCACCUGCACAGGCAGCCCCUGUGCGCCAGUGGCCGCAAUCCCCGCCGGGGCCACCACCCCCCGCAGCUGCAGCACCCCGUGCUGCAACUGGUGCAACCCCAACCUUGGACUAUCUAGCCAGGGGCACCCCUCCCACUGCUGCAACACCACCUGCCAUGGCGGCUGCUAACUUCCCCACAGGACGUGUAGGCCCUCCUAUGCCCCCCCAGCAACCGUCGCACCAUUCUGGAUUUGGUGUCGGCCCAGUGACACCAUCUCGAGGUGCUAGUCGCCCAGGCCUUGACCAGCUGACUGGUGACGAGGAAGAACUGUGGCGGCAGCGACGGCAGCAGCAGAAUGAUGAGAUGGCGGUGACUGUGGAGCGCACCAGACAGCGCAGAGAAGAGGAGGAGAAGCGUUACGAGCAAAUCAAGCAGUCCUCCGCCGCCACGGCUGCUGCCGCCAACGCUGCCGGCCAGCAACAGCAGCAACCGCAGCAGCAGCAGCAGCAGCAGCAGCCCAGUGUGCCUGAUGAGUCCACACCUGUGCCUGCUGAAAAGGAAGACCUGGAUCAGCGCUCGUGCCAUUCAAGCGAGAGCCGGGAGGAUGUCCGAGGAGGCACGCUGCUGCCUAGUCGCGAGAGGCCAGAUUUUAGGCAGCAGUCGUCGAGUGGAUACCAGCAGAAUUAUCAGCGGCCAUUCAAGAAUAUGCCUCCACGAUUUCUCAAGAAGGCUGAAAUGCAGCGCCAGCAGCAGCUACGUCAGCAGCAACAGCAGCAGCAGCAGCAGCAACAGCAGCAACAGCAGCAGCAGCAGCAGCAGCAGCAGCAGCAGCAGCAGCAGCAGCAGCAGCAGCAACAGCAGCAGCAGCCACAGCAGCAGCAGCAGCAGCAGCCACAGCAGCAGCAGCAGCAGCCACAACAGCAGCCACAGCAACAACCACAGCAACAGCCACAGCAACAGCCACCGCAAACAAGUGCUGGCAUGGCUCCACCGCAGACCUCCUCGAGCGUGGGAGGCAUGGGCGGUGUGAGCUAUGACCCUCGUUGGGUGGCCAUGGGAGCUGGAGGACCCUACCUGGGUCAACUGGGUAUGGGCCCUUUGAAAGCUCUCGGUGGCCAGCGCCCCCCAGAGCCAGAGGGGGGCACCUCUUACUCCAGUGCCGAGGAUCGGCCCUAUGAGGCUCGGGAAGCUCGGCCACUGGAGUGCUGGCCUCCUGGGGCUGGACGUCCUGCUCCCCCACAGGCAGACCGGCCCCCACAGGCUCUGGCUCCACCCAUGGCACCGCCACAUGUGCCGCCAGGUGGCCCAUAUGACAGCUGGCGACCAUCUGUGGCACCUGUGUACUAUGGUGGCCAGGUUGCCGACUUCGGCAGGAAUGCUCCCAGCUAUGAGCAGCGGUUGGAUUUCCCUCCAAAGAGGGCAGACAAAGAGGAUGUGCCUUUUGACUGCCGCUCACGUGGGGAUUCAUUUAGAAAAGAGAGAGACUUCGAGGACAAACAGCAGCGUGAAAAACGCGAGAGAGAUACUAUGGGAGCCUGGUCCAGCACAAGAGAGUACGAUCAGAGAGUGGCAAGAGAUAAAUGGGAGCGAGAGACUCAGCCCUCGAGACCGGAUAGCAGGGACAGUCGUACAAGCAGAGAUUCCCUUAGGGAUGAGAGGGCUAUGCCUCCCGCUGAUCAACGACAAGAGAUGCCAUUGCAGCAAAUGGAGCAGCACCGUCUAGCGCCUGAGCGGGGGAAGGAUAAACCGCAGGUGCCUGAUUGGUCUGACACUCCGUACUCUGCCACUGGCGAAAGUAAGAGGCGUGAUUGGCACACACACCACCCACCUCCUGUGACUCAGCAGCAGUUGGACAGCGCAGGUCCAAGCAAGAAGAAUUUUGUGCCACUGCGACGGGGAGGAGUUGCAAAGGAUGACGGGAAGGACGAUAUCAAAGAAGGAAAGGUUGACGAAAAUUCCCGUGCAGAUGAGGAGAAAGCAAAGGAUGCUUGCAAAAAAGAUGAUACAGAGAAACAACGUGCACCAGCAUCUCGUUCUCGCGGUGGGAGUGGGGGAAGAUUCGAGGCCAACAGAGGCCGUGGUGGUCGUGGUGGUAAUGGCUACAGCAGUGGCAAUGUGGGUUACAGGGGUCGCAGCCGGGAGUACCGUCGCAGCCGGACUGAACGUGGGCCCCGCUUUGACCGCAAAAAGGAUGAUGGCAGUGAGGAAAGCUCUGGUGUUGAAGAGGAGAGGCCUGCCAAUCGGUUGCGGCCCAAGGAGGAGGAGAGUGAGGGGUCUGAGGAGGCCUGCCCGGAUUCUGACCGGAAAAAUAGGACAGCAAAAGAGACUGGUCGUGCUCGCGAGCCUCGCCGAGAUGAGGCUAAGAACAAGGAAGAGAAAAGCGCCUUCUCUCCUCGAGGGGAGCCUUCACGCCGAGGUCGUGGAGGUGCAGUUUCAUUAGGUCGAAGCUCAAGAGGUCGAUACCAAGCUGGCGGUUAUGGGCCGCCUACCUUGAAAGCACCUUUUGGCAAACCAGAGGAAGGUAACAAGGAGGAAGAAGCAAGUAAGGAAGGGUCUUCAACCCAGGGAAGCAAGCCACGGUCUAACAGUAGUCGUCCAGUUGUAAGGCGCCCUAAUCGCAUGGAGCCACUGCCACCACGCUUUCAAAAGAACCAGCCUCGCAGACAAGAGAACCCCGAAAGGAACAAGGGAAGAGGUGGUCGUGGUGCGGGCCCAAGUAAGGAUGCCCUGUCUGAUGUGGCCAAUGAAGACUGGGAAACUGCUUCUGAGAGCAGUGAUGUGGCAGAUAGACGUGGCCUCGAUGAUGGUGUGCGCCAACAAUCAUCGGGUUCCAAAAAGGGCCCACCCACUAGCUCGAAGGCCCCUGGUAGUGGUCAGGAACGACGCCGUUCAGGUGGGGAAGUACGCCGAGGUGGAGGAGGAGUGCCUGGAGACCGCAAUGGUCGAGGCCCUGUGCAACGCAGAGACUCUGGGGGUGGCGGGCCACCUGCCAGAAUGGGCCGUGGGAGUGGCUCCCGGCCAGGAGGCCGAUCACGCCAACAGCAGCAGCAGCGGCCAGGAGACAUGAGUGCCAAGGGGGAGCCUUCACCAGCCACCCUUGUGUAUCGAGUGGAUGAAGUGAAGCUGCAGGACCCAGUGGGAGUUCAGGCUGCCCUUACUGACCUUGGUACCAGAAAACACAUGAAGAAAUCUGAGCAAGGGCAGUCAAAUGCAAAACUUGAAAAAGAGAAACCGAAUGCUCUUGAAGGUAUUGACCUAAGCAACUAUGCUAGUGUCGUCGUUAUAGAUGACCACCCAGCCGUGACUGAUCCUUCUUUAUGCGAUGCUGACGAUGGCGACUUUCAAGAAGUAACCUCAAAGAAACGUCACAAGACUUUGGCUGAUGGAGACUCCAAGAAAAAAAAAGAGACAAGAAGCAAAACCAGUGUACAUGGUCGUCAAAACAAGCUUCCUCCUCGCCUAAUUAAAAAGCGAGAAUCUGAUCGCUUGUUUUCUUCGAAGACUGAGUGUCAACUACCCGCAAAAACUGAGGGAGGUGUCGCAGACUCUGUUGAUUCCUCCAUUACGAAGACUCAGUCGCAUUCUACCUUUAGUACAAAAGAACUGGCUCCAACUGGGGUUCUUCGACCUAUGGUGAAUGCGUGGGAAAAGCCUAUCACUCAUGCUCUGCGGGGAGGCAGCCCUCCGUCAGCUGCCCCACAGUCGGUUACUUCUCCGGCAGUGUCAUCUGCAGAUGUCCUUGUGUCCUCCAAAUCGAGCAGCUUUGACAGAAGUAGUGAUCAGCAUGACAGUGGCAUUGACGUGAGCGACCAGCCAGCCUCAGCAGCAUCGUCUCAGCGCUCUUCACCCAGUAAUGAUGGCAAAGCCCCACUGCUUGGGACCACCCCCAAAGGCUUGGCCGUCAUGCCUGUUGGUGUGCCACCUUCUGCUGGGACGCGUGACCAUGCUUACAUUAAGGCUGUGGGCGUGGACUCCGGCAAGCCUAUGGGCACUGUCAUAUUUGAAAACAAAAACUUCAAAGCAGAAAAUGCAGCUCUGGACAAGUUCGAGUUGCAAACCAAGUCACAGGAACCAGGCAGUUCAAAUGCUCCCAUGCUGGCACCAGUUGCUUCAAAGGCACCAAACGACACUGUUGAGCCUACCAAAUGCAAGGUCCCCGACAGUGAUCAACCAGGCAUCUACACAGCGAUUGAGCAAGUCUACACCAGCGACGCGGGAGAAGACAGUGGAGACAUGAAGCUGGACUUCACAUUUGACCCUGAAUUGGCCCCGUUUGGCGACGAGAAGCAAGCCAAGCACAUAGCUAUCACACGUUCCCUGUCCAGUGAAAUCACUUCUGCCAACUCUCCCAUUUCACCUUCUACGGAUGAUCUGAAUCUGAAAAUUGCAUCUGUAAAGAAGGUCUGGGAGAAUGUGGGGCCCCUGCCAACAGUGCUGGAGCACGGUGCAGUCUCGGUUGCGGGGGACGACACUGGCAGUGCUGCAGUACAGGCUCCAAGCUUUGGCUCCUUUGGAGGCUCUGCUUCAGCCGACACUUCUUUUGCGACAAGCAGCACGGCAACCGAAAGCAUGGCUCAGCAGGGUCAAACAGAGUCAACACAGGCAACUAGUGAAGCUGCCUUUGGCUCUGUGUCUCCACUAAAGCCAGCUACGCCGUCCUCCCUCUCGCACCAUGUGGCAUCGGCAGUAGGUUCUGGCCAUCAGCACGCUGCCAGUGGUCACCAUCACCACCACCACCACCACCACCACAACCAUCACCACCAGCCGCAGGCUCAGCAACAGCCACCAGUGCAGCCUCAGCAGCAUUUGUCUUUGGCAGCCCACCAUCAUCAUUCACAGGCAGCACAGGCCCAUGGUUGCUUGCAGGCAUCGCAGCAGCAGCAGCAGGCACUGAUGCGACAAACUCACCAGGCACACACUAUGCUGGAUCAGCAAAACUUGUCCAAGGUGAGGGCCCUGCAUGCACUGAGCCCCCCGCCAACAGCAGCGGCCUCGUCUUUGGCUGGUUUGGACGUACGGGCCAUGGCAAACCUUCAGGUGGCAGGCAUGCCCCAGGCAGUAGCCAGUCCUCCCGCUGCCUUGCUUUUCACAAGCACCCAGCAGAUUACUCAGCCAGCGGCACUCUACCAGACGCUGCUUCAGGACCCUGUGCCGCGUCCUGUGGCCCACCAGUUUUCACAGGCCACACAUGGCUAUCCAGCUCCCCCACCUUUAGGGUCCUACCAGAGCUUCAACCAAGGGGGCAUGUUUGUGCCCCCUCCGCAAGCCCACUCGGGGCCUGACAUGUUUGCUGCCACUGGAGCAGCUCUGCGGCUGCAGCCAACAUACCAGGCAGGGCCGCCUGUGCCUACAAGCCAGGUGCUGGGCCAGCAAAGCCUGCCAACUGCGCAGCAGCUGCUGGGAUCUGGCCGGGCGGCUCCUGGAGGGGCACCUCUGGGUACCUCGUAUUACCCAUCCCAGGGCGGCUACUACCCGUCUCAGCAGCAGAACCAGGCGCUGGCCUUUGGCUCGCAGCCACCCCUUCAUCGCACUUUCCACCCACCACCCUUCAAGUCUCUGGAGCUCGCCACUGAGUUUGGUGCCACGCCACCGCCAAAGGCCCAGGCAAGCAAGGCCUUUCCCCCUGGAUCACCCUUUGCCUUUGGCCAGGGCCGGCAGUCUGCACCACCCACUGCAGCCACUACGGGAACAACUCCCCCAGGGAACUCCUUGCGGCCACCUGUGCAAGUGCUGCCACUGCCUCCAAACCUGGUACGAGGCACCCCGCCAGCAGCGCCCACCAAGUAUCCUGCACCCAUUCAAAGGCCCCAACAGGGUCUGACGCUGACCUCUACACAGCAGCCCCGGGGCCCACCUGCACCUGCUCUGCGAGCUCAGCAGCCACCAGCACGUCAACUGCCCACCAGUGACCAGCAGGCCAAGCAGCAGGCUGAGGCGGUCAAACAAGCACAGUUAUUCUUUGCCCAGUCCAAGCCAACGGUCCCCGAGCCAACCACCGAAGAUGGCCUGGUGGUCAACGAAAGCUCCGACGACAAAGCUCUGUCCCCCAAGGAGGCAGCCGAGGAGUGAGGCCCACCUGCUGGGCUGGGACUGGCCGGCGCCUGUACGGCCCUCACCGCCGCUUGGUUGUCUCUGGGAAAUCAUGUGCUGACUUGCCUAUUCUCUUCUUUGCCUACACUGUCCCCGCCUCCCAUAAAGGACUCAUCGGUCCAUGGUUUAAUAAAUGUGGUCUCCCCCUAACCCCCUUUUUUACUUUUCGGUCUCCUGUUGCCUUCAGCAAGGCAUCAAGGAUCUGAAUUCAUUUUUUUACAUGUGUGCCGACAUGGGGGCAGUGGGCGAACAAGGGAAUUCUGUGUGUGUGAGCAUGUGUGUGUAAGUGUACAAUGCUGCUGCUGAUUCAUAGCCCCCUUCUCUGUCUGAGAGUUUUUGUCCAUUUCGGAAAAGGGUAAUGAAAUUGGUCUGGCGAGCUUUGGAUAAGUAUAAAUAUUAUACAUAUGUAUAACAAGUGUGUAAACUGCCUGUACUGUAGCUGAUCGUGUUUUUGUGGGCAGGCUUCUUCUGCCACGUUUCCCCCCCCCCCCCUCUCUGAUGAAAAACAUUUUCGACUUAUUUUCUCAAGGGCCUUUUAAUUUGUGCCCAAGUUUUGUGGUUCCUCCCCAAAACAUGUUUGCCUCCUUCCUGUGGUUGAAUGUGUCUUUUUGAGUCUGUAUUUCUGUCAACCUGGUGGUGACAAAUGUGGUCAGUGGGAACCGACACCAUUGGUUCUUCCCCUAUUGCGUAGGAAACUGAACCAAAAUGGUUUCCGUUCACGCCUCGAGCGCUUCUUGUGUAAUACUUGUGGUGUACUUUUGCUCUUAAUUUAUAUACACCCAUAUGGGAGGAGGAGGAGGAGGAGGCAGGAUCUGUUUUACCAGGCAUACUGUAGGGGAUUCCCAUGCCUUGUUUUUUGAGAAUGGCUUUUUAAUUGUGUAAUGUUGCAAAGGAGCAUGCACUUUUGAAAUUGUGGCUACGGUAUUUGAAGGACUAGUUUGUAAGAGAAAAGAAAAGCAUUCUUGAUGGUGUUGAAAACUGCUGUGUGUGGUAUAAACAGCCAAUGGGUGCACAAUGUACAUUUGAGAAUGAUGUGACAACUCUUCAGUUUAUGCUGUGUAAUUAGUGUCUAUAACGGUAAUAAACUGCCACCAAGUUUCGGAUUGGGUGUUGUCACCAUGGAAGUGUUGUGCAGUCAUUUUGCCAUGCAGCAGGCUGAUAUCUGUGGCAAUGUGGUGUCCAUUGAAUUUCGGGGAAAAAGCACCUGUGCUUUAAUAUUUUUUCUCCCUUUUUUUUUUUCUUUUUAAAGGUUGUGUGGUGGUUUGUCAUUUGUCAGUUAGCAUUGCGCUGCAUUUAAGUUUGUGUGGACUCUAUUACCUUGAAGGUAUAGUUCAGUGUAGGCGCUGGAAGCCAUGUGAUUCAUCUAGGAUCUGUGUGGCUGUCGUAUAUCCUUCCCCUUCUCCUCCAUUUUUUUCCCUGAGAUGCAGGCACAAGUGUCAUUCUGUGCAUUUUUGCCGCCUCGAUUAUUUUCUAUUGAAAAUGUGAUGGGCACUUCAUUGUAUGAGGAGAGUUGCUGUAUGUAGUUUUCUGCAAUAAAGCACUAAGGAUUAUGCAUCUUG